AUGCCUCGUGCUACCGCCGGCACCCUGGUCCAGUGCGACCCCUCUAUCAAAGCCAUCAUCAGCAAAAUCAACGAAGAGAAUGGCGGUCUCUACAUCUCUGAAGAUAUCGAUGACGAGACCUGCUUGAUCAACACCAAGAAGCUUGAGGAGCUCAAGCAAAAACUAAAAGACGCCCUCAAAGACACUGUUCGUGAGGCAGAGGACUCGGGCUCCGAGUAG